GGCGGUGGCCGCGGCGACCAGGAGGGGCGGAGCGGGCGGCGCGGCCGCGGCAGCCGGGCGCUGGGCUGGGCGGCGCUUUUUUUUUCGCAAUUUCCACUCGUGGGGAGCAGGAAACCCGGCGCAGCCGGGCGCAACGAGCCGCGAUGCAGCAGCAGCAGGAGCCGCCCCGGGGCAGCAGCAGCAGCAGCAGCAGAGGCAGCAGCAGCGGGCGGCGCUGAGCCGCCGCCGCCGCCGCCACCACUGAGGAGGAAGCCCGCCCGGCCGCCGCCGCGCCCCGACCCCCGCGCCCCGUGGCCCCGCGCUCGCCUCCGCCAACUUUCCAGCUGCCUCGGCGGCCCAGCCCGGCUCGACGCCAAUGGUGGAGGCCAUAGUGGAGUUUGACUACCAGGCCCAGCACGACGAUGAGCUGACCAUCAGCGUGGGUGAGAUCAUCACCAACAUCAGGAAGGAGGAUGGAGGCUGGUGGGAGGGACAGAUCAACGGCAGGAGAGGUUUGUUCCCUGACAACUUUGUAAGAGAAAUAAAGAAAGAAAUGAAGAAGGAUCCACUCUCCAGCAAAGCUCCAGAAAAGCCCAUGCACGAAGUAUCCAGUGGAAACUCUUUGCUGUCUUCUGAAACAAUUUUAAGAACCAAUAAGAGAGGCGAGCAACGGAGGCGCCGAUGCCAGGUGGCGUUCAGCUACCUGCCUCAGAACGAUGACGAGCUUGAGCUGAAAGUCGGUGACAUCAUAGAGGUGGUAGGAGAGGUAGAGGAAGGAUGGUGGGAAGGUGUUCUCAAUGGAAAGACUGGAAUGUUUCCUUCCAACUUCAUCAAGGAGCUGUCGGGGGAGUCGGACGAUCUUGGCAUUUCCCAGGAUGAGCAGCUCUCCAAGUCAAGGCCUGAAUGUCUCCCUCCAGCUUCUCUGCUGCCCUUUCCAGCUCAUGGAGCAAAAGGAAAGACUACCUUUGAAGGGACAAUUCUGUACCGAGCUGCACCUGGAAAGACGGAGGGCCACAGACGCUAUUACAGUUUAAGGGAGACCACAGGCUCCGAGAGUGAUGGGGGUGACUCGAGCAGUACCAAAUCCGAAGGUGCCAAUGGAACCGUCACAACUGCAGCGAUCCAGCCGAAGAAAGUUAAGGGAGUGGGCUUUGGAGAUAUUUUCAAAGACAAGCCAAUAAAGCUACGACCAAGGUCGAUCGAAGUAGAAAACGACUUUCUACCAGUGGAAAAGACUAUUGGGAAGAAGGUACCUCCAACUACAGCAACUCAAGAGCCGCCAAAAACAGAAAUGGACAGCAGGACAAAGACCAAGGAUUACUGCAAAGUAAUAUUUCCGUAUGAGGCACAAAAUGAUGAUGAAUUGACAAUCAAAGAAGGAGAUAUAGUCACUCUCAUCAAUAAGGACUGCAUCGAUGUGGGCUGGUGGGAAGGAGAGCUCAACGGCAGACGAGGAGUAUUCCCUGAUAACUUUGUGAAGUUACUUCCACCAGACUUUGAAAAGGAAGGAAAUAGACCCAAGAAGCCACCUCCUCCAUCAGCUCCUGUCAUCAAACAAGGGGCAGGUACCACCGAGAGAAAACAUGAAAUUAAGAAGAUACCUCCCGAAAGACCAGAAACGCUUCCAAACAGAACAGAAGAAAAAGAAAGACCAGAGAGAGAGCCAAAACUGGAUUUACAGAAGCCUUCUGUCCCUGCCAUACCACCAAAAAAACCUCGGCCACCUAAGACCAACUCUCUCAACAGACCAGGCGCACUGCCCCCAAGAAGGCCGGAGCGACCAGUGGGUCCUCUGACACACACCAGGGGUGACAGUCCAAAGAUUGACUUGGUGGGCAGUGCACUAUCUGGCAUCCUGGACAAGGACCUCUCAGACCACAGCAAUGACAUCGACCUAGAAGGUUUUGACUCCGUGGUGUCAUCUACUGAGAAACUCAGCCACCCAACCACAAGCAGACCAAAAGCCACGGGGAGGCGGCCUCCGUCCCAGUCCCUGACAUCUUCCUCCCUUUCAAGCCCUGAUAUCUUUGACUCUCCAAGUCCAGAAGAAGAAAAAGAGGAACACGUUUCACUUGCACAGAGAGGAGCGGACGCGUCAAAGAAAACUUCAAAGACUGUUACCAUAUCCCAAGUGGCCGACAACAAAGCCUCCCUGCCGCCCAAGCCGGGGACCAUGGCCUCAGGUGGCGGCGGGCAAGCCCCUCUGUCCUCGGCGGUGCCCUCCCCCCUGUCCUCCUCUUUGGGAACAGCCGGACACAGAGCCAGCUCCCCGUCUCUGUUCGGCACCGAAGCAAAACCAAAGAUGGAGCCUGUGGCCAGCAGCCAGGCGGCCGUGGAGGAGCUGAGGACACAGGUCCGCGAGCUGUGGGGCAUCAUCGAGACCAUGAAGGACCAGCAGAAGCGAGAAAUUAAGCAGCUAUUGUCAGAGUUGGAUGAAGAGAAGAAAAUCCGACUUCGUUUGCAGAUGGAAGUUAAUGACAUAAAGAAAGCUCUUCAAUCAAAAUGAAUACUUGAUAAAUGAAACAUUGCAUUAUUCAUCCCGAGUCUGAGACUCAAAUUUUCCACCCCAGCCAAAAUAACCUUGUGCCAAAAGAUUAAAGGUUUGCCUCAACAUGUCCCUGUUUGAAAGAUUAGCACAAAAGUCUUGAUAGCACAACACAAAUUCCAUCUAAGAGGAGAAUCUUCCCCCUGGUGUAGUCCUGGGUCUGGCACUGGUUGUGACUUAAACAGAGCAAAUUGUGCUUCAGGCUUUUCUACUUUGAGAUCUCAUGUGAAACGAAAACUCAGGCAGUUUAGUCCAUAGUGGUACUAUUUUGAUGAUCUUUUCCAUUAAUAAAAUGUAACUUCAGAUUAUUCGUUUACAAGCUUUAUAAUUUUAUGAUUUUUUAAUCGUAUUUUGUCACAGAUUCCUCCACUGUUUGUACUACACAUAGUCAGGAGCAAGCAUCCCCCUUCUUUUGCUUCAGGCAGAAAACUGCCUCGCUUUGCAUUUCAGUUUAGGAUUCUAUUACAUAUGCAAUUUUAGGUCCAACCCAUCCCUUCCCCCGCCAACCAACCCUAUCACCCUGAGAUAAAUUUUAGCUUAUAUACGAUGGUAUAUUUACAAAAAGAGAAAGAAAAAAAUCUGGUAUUUGCAAUGAUCUGUGCCUUCUUUUUACCACCCUCUUGAUUGGAACUUUUGUGAUGCAGCUACCAUGAUUUAAACAAAAAAAUUAUUAGCCACCUAUUAAUGUCCACUAGAGGCCCCUGUCUUCAAAGCUUCUCUCACCAUAGCCAAAGGUCCUAAGAGGAGACAGCUGUGAAGUUGGGCGUGCUGUGUGGUAACAGCUGCAACUUUUACGUUCUCCUGGUUUUGGGUUGUUUAUGAAAUUAAAAAUGUCACCCCUGCUUGAUUUUUCAUCAGCCAAGUUAAACCCCUGCCUCCUGUCCUUUGCACCUUUUGCGUGAACAGAAUAUGCAUUAGUAAAGCAAAAAUAAAUAAAAGUAAAAUGCAAAUGAAAACAAGGGGGGAAAGUUGUAUUAUUUCCUUCACUGGAUUAUGUGUGUGUGUGUGUUAUUGUUUAAACUGUAUUCACAUGAUGUCAUUUGCCUUGCUCUCUUGUAACCCCUUUCUCAGGUCCAAGAGAAUGGGGAGGGGGGGUCUUGUUGAAGUGUAGCCAUUGGAUCUUUCUUGCAUUUAUGGAAUUGCUUUUUGCUUCCCAAGGAAAACGGUAUUUGCUUGUUUGCUUUAUCUUUGUAGCAAAUGAACAGUUCGGCCUUAGAUUAUGUAACUCUUUUCUCACCCUUAGCUGAAAAUAAGGGGCAUACAUUGUAUUGCAAGAUGGAGGGGAGGGUUCAUUGAAGGCCCCCAAAGACAUUUUACGUGUUUCUAAAAGGCUGCUUUGUCUAUUUCCUAAGAUUUGUAGUGAAACUACUAGACAUUAAUAGAUCUGCACAACUGCAAAGAAUGAGAAUUGCUAACACUGGAAUGGUGCAAAAAAAAAAAAAAAAUCACCACGUUAUUGAUCUUUGAAAGUAUUAUAAAUAAAUGUCUCUUCCUUUCUCUUCCUGUCCCCCUUCCCCUGCCUUCCUCUUCCCUACAUACUCAUCUUCACUGCUUGAAGCUGCCGCUGAGAGUAUCUACAGAGCCCUGAGAGACCAGCCCUGGUCUUCCUAAACUGGGGCACAGUUCAGGGGAGGGAGUGGGUAAAGAAAGCAAGCUGACACCCUUCAUUCCCAUGUCUGGGUAUACUGCCUUUUCAGCAGCCUUGGUCUCACUGUGCUUGGGGCAGAAACCCCAAGUUUCCAGGGGCAGUGUAAAACAUUCCUGUUCCCCUUUAUCGUUUUAAGCAUUUCUACGAUAAACUUGAAGCCUUCAGAGAUUUCCCACCACCCAGUAUAAGAAUGAGGAUUGGAUUCUUUGAGGUUUGGAUUUCUCAUUUACUCAUCAUGAAAAUCUUUAAUGAUAUAGUUUUAUAUAACGUGUAUACAGAGUAGGAUUGUUAAUAAUUGAGAGGUUAGAGUGCCCUUGUGGGGCCCUGGCAACAUGGAGUGUAGAGGGCUGACAUCUUCCCCUCUGUGAGGCCAGCCAUCGGCUUCCUUUGUAUAAGGAGAGGAAGAAGUUGGUGUUUCCAGCUUCUAUACUGCCCCUUGGGCUAACCAGCAAGAGGAUUACGCAUCGUGGGACUGAAAGAGCCACUGCCUGAACAGCCACCAUCUUUAUUCUUUACCUUACAAAAUGGACCCAUCAAGAAUAUUGGAAAGCUUGGAAGUAUCACUUUUGGAAAAAAAUCCUUUUGCAUUCAGCAUGGACUCUUUCAGGCAUCUAUCUAUGGAGAAUUAUUUUUUUGCUUCAUUUUCUAAAGUUGUAUUUAGAAAAGUCUUAAGUAUUGUGCUUUGUAAAAAGAUUAAAUGAAAUUUUGUGAAAA